AAUACAACGCCCAUUUGUUAGCAUACAACCAGUGCGGAAGCGGCCAACUCAAAGAGUCAGAGGAAAGGUUUCUGGUGUAAAGAUUGUAAAAUCAAAGUAAAAUGGCGGGUAGAUUUGUGAGAGAAAGCAAGCUCCGAAAUGUAUUUGGGCAGAUGUUCAAGAAGGACCAGUUUUUCGAGUCGAUUCGGGUAUCGAAAAAUAGUAAUACGCAGAUGUUCUGCGCCGUCAACCCGAAGUUUAUGGCAGUGGUGACCCAUGCGGCAGGCGGAGGCUCUUUCCUCGUACUUCCGCACAACAAGACUGGCCGUCUAGACAUCAAUCAAGCCCAGAUCGUAGGUCACAAGGCACCGGUCAUCGACAUUGCAUGGUCUCCUUUCGAAGACGACAUGAUCGCCAGCUGCGAUGAGAAUGGCGUCAUCAUGAUCUGGAAAAUCCCGGAAGAAGGGGUCACGUCCCCAAUGGAAGAACCUCUUGUUAUGCAGGAUCUCCAUCAGAAGCGCUGCUCCCUGAUCAAGUGGCAUCCCUUGGCAAAAAACGUUAUCCUCAGUUGUGGUGUGGACUUGAAGAUCGUAGUAUGGAAUAUGGACGAGGGCACGGCAGAGGUGGAGAUAGACUGUCCAGAUAUUGUACAGGACAUGUGUUGGAGCCCUGACGGAAAGACCUUUGCUACGGGCAGCAAGGACAAGAAGAUUCGUGUCUAUGAAGGAAGAUCUGGCAAGUUAUUACAGGAAUUGCCGGGUCACGCAUCUCCACGUGAAAUGCGCAUCAUGAUAUUGAAGGACGACAGACUACUUUCAACGGGUUUCACCAAGGAAAGCAGGAGAGAAUACAGGAUCUGGGAUCUUAAAGAUACCAGUGACAGCUUAUAUGAAGACUCGUUAGACCAAACCAGUGCUCCCCUCAAUAUCUUAUAUGACCCUGACAUCAACAUCGUCUAUCUCGUUGGAAAGGGAGACUGUGUAAUCAGGUACUACGAAGUGAACGAUGAGGAGCCCCACUUUCACUACCUCAGCACGUAUCAAUCCUCCAGUCCCCAGAGAGGAAUGGGAUUCAUGCCCAAGAGAGGAUUGAAUGUGAAUGCCUGUGAGAUUGCUAGGAUGUACAAGGUGACCCUCUCUAGUGGUGGAGCCAUUGGAGCUGUCGAACCUCUCUCCAUGAUCAUCCCAAGGAAGAGUGAGCUGUACCAGGCUGAUAUCUACCCUGACACGUUAGCCAAUGAACCCGCCGUCUCCGCCUCAGAAUGGUUCUCAGGUACGGAUGGCAAAGCCAAGUACAUGAGCAUGCAGCAGUUCUUUGUAGAAAAGGACACAUCCUCUGGCAAGGGCGGCCUCAAGAAGGGUGGACUCAAAAAGACGACAACGGCGGCAGCAGCGCCAGCGGCUAGUGCUCCAGCAGCCAGUGCUCCAGCUACCGUGAGCUCAGCGAAAGCACCUGUAUCCAAGUUUACGCCUUCCAAUCAUUCUAAUAGCCAAAGCAAGGAGGUCCAGGAUCUAGUCGCCGAGAUCACCAAACUGAAGGCCACUGUUGCGGAACAAGAGAAGCGCAUCGCCGCCCUGGAAGCAAAAUAGAACAACAGAAAGAAAGAUUUUGGCCAAUACAUGCCAAGAUAAAUUUACCAGAUGAUUUUCUGGAACAUCUAGAAGACAUAUUAUCUAAUAGGAGCCAGUUUAUUACGAUAUUCAUUACUCUUUAACGAAAAAAAAAUCUCUGUGUAAGUGAAUACGAUGUAUAUAUAUAUACUUUGCAAACCAAAUGUGUGGAAAUUUAUAAGAGAGUGGUGGCGUAGCUUUCAAGAAAACCUUAACUGGCGCCAUGCAUAUUGCCCAUUUAGAGAAGUGAUACCAGUCUAGGAUACAUGGAGUAAUUUAUUGCUUAACUUUCCUACAGCAUGUACAGUGUGCUUAGGCAACAAAAUGUUUUGUCUUAUUUAACCAACAGUUUUUCCCCACAAUUUUUGUACUAUCUGUGUCAUACCACUACUACACUUUCCAUAAGAUUAGAUGUACAUGUAUGUAUAACGAAUUUAGGUUUAGAUUUUGAUAUUGUACAAAAGGCUUGUCUAUCCAAAAGACUUUGGAUAAAUAGUGUGUGCUUGAAUAUUCUAAGUAGCUUUACAUUGAAUACACUCUUAAUAUGGCCUGUUGUCUCUCAAUUUUGACUGUAUGUAGUGCCUUAGUCCCGUGUAUGGUAAUUCAUGAAUGGUAAGCGCUUCCUUUUGUAAACCUUCAAACAAGCACUGAUGUGAUUCAAAGACCGGUCACUCCUGCAUCGUGAAAUCAUCAAGAAUUUUAUGACAGAGUACUAAGUUGCACCUUGUUUGAUAUGAACAUAAACGUGUAUUUAUUGGUAAAUUUUAACAACAAAAAAUUACCCUGUGUGUAUAGGGAUAAUGCCAUUCCAGAUCAAGAAAACUAACCAUAUUUGUGCCAAUAUACCGCAUCAUAUUUCUUCGGUAACAAAACACCAGAAAUUAUUCACUUUUUCUGUUUAGAUAAGGUGUAAAAGGUUGGCAUAGGCAUGCUGCUAAAAUUAUAAAUCUUGUAUGAAAACAGGAAAUAUUUGUAUUUUUUUCGUACUACCUGUACUUCAAUUUUUGGAUACAUUUUAACAGAACAAGACGAGAAGGAUUGUAGUUUUGAAUGUGCUUUAAAGAUAGGAUGAGGUGUCGUCAAAACACAGUUCUAUGACAAUCACUAUUACCAAAGAGAAUUGCUGAGAAUGAAGUGUAACUUUAAUGUGUUAGUGUAGAUCCCAGUAGCAAGAGCAUGCUCCAUUGUUUGACGAAGGUUUAGUUCAUUAGAUAUGCACGUUAGGCUUUUAGGUUGGAAACGUUUUCAAUGCGGAUUAUCAAUUAGCUUACAUUUUCCGAAAUCGUCCAUUUUACAACAUGUUGUUGUAGACAUACAGGCAAAUCAAAUCUUACGGUAGUUGCAUGUGUAGGUAAGUUUUCAAUCGUAGUAAACAGAAAUUUGCAAUUUUAGUCUAUGUUUUGUGUGCCUAUCUCCAAAAUAUGUAGACCUUAAUCAAAUAUGUGAUAUCUUAACAGUUCUCAGAUAAACUUGGUAAGGUUGGGGGAAAAAAAUUGAUUUGUCACAGUCUUUGUAUAUGCACCACUCAACAAAAGCAGUUCUCAUAUUUCAGUCACACCGCCAAACCAAUUUCACACCGACUUGAACCGAUCGAUAUCUGGCCAUUUCAGAUAGUGUAUCACUUUGCUCGGUUUGUUGUCUGGUCUGUUUUCGGUCUGGUGUCGGUCUCAUUUGUGCGACUUUGGUAUAAGAAACUGCUCAGCACCAGACGCUUUUCUUGCUUUUGUAUAUUUCCAUGCAACUCUUGAGCUUCCAUCAUUUCCAGCUGUAAUCGUGUCUCUUCUCUGUCAAUUUCUUAAAUACCGGUAGGUAAUAUUUCUUGGCUGAGUUUUGUAUCUCAGUGGUGUAGUAAACACAAAUUUCAAAAACCGAGACUUUGGGCAGCAGCGUGCAUACUCCUUCCUCAUAGUGAAGUGCGAUGCGGUGAAACCUUGUUUUAAUCAACUCUUAGGGAUCACUGCGGUUUUCAAACUUUAAUUGGCAACAAUUAUCUAUAUUUUACCAUCUUUAAUAAAGAAUAGUAAGUUUGAACGAAAAAUUACCAAAAAAUCGGAACAAGAAAUUGCAAAUUUAGAGACAGAAGUGAAAGUUCUGGUAUUGUCUUUUUUGGUACAUCUGAAUAGGAGCUAUACAUAUGCAUUUGAACCUUUUUUUUAAACAAUUUAUUUCAGGACAAAGGCAAUAAUGUAAUUAAUGAAUUUAAUGGAUGAAAACAUUUUUUUUUUGCUAGGCGAAUUACUCGAGCUCACAUUUGUAUUGUCAUACGAUGAUUUCUUGUAGACUUUAAAUGAUGGUAUGACUUUAGUAGGCUUAUGUAUCUUAUGUGUAGUGUGUAUAGGAAACAUCUAUUUUAUUCAGUAUUGGCUCAAAAGCCUGGUUUAUAUAGAAAAGCAAUUAAAAUUGUGAGAAUUAGAAGAACUGUGAUUAUUAAAGCUUGGUCUCUUUACCAAAUAUUUUAAUUUUCUCGUAGAGGAACAUAAUGUUUUUUUGUAUCAAUCAAGCAUUAUUACUGCUAAACAUGUACAUGUAGUUUACUUUUAUUAUACGGUAUGGGAUAACUUUAUUGCCAUUUGGUCCAACGACAACUAGUCUGGUAUCCAGCCCUUUUGAUUCUAUUUUGACCAUACCCAGUUCGUCUAAUCAUCCAGCUGGGCUAUGGUUGCUCACCAUCCAUGUAGAUUAUAUCUCUGUCCAAUAUCCAUUUACCGGUAGUCAAAAUUUGAAUCAUCUUUCCUAAUAAUCAGGUCUUACGAAAAAAGGCCUGAUCUUUUGUUUUAAAGACCAAAUAGUGGCCCAAACAGACGUAAAAUGAACUGAAAAGUAGACAACUUGAAAAAGAAAAAAAAAUGGAUGUAAUGAUGAAGAGACGAACAGUAUGUGGGAUAUAUACAAUUUCUCAAAUGGAAUGUUUAAUGCAAUGGUAUUGGACCAAAUGGCAGUUAACUGGGAUUUUACCCAAAAGGGUACUCUGUUAAAAAAUUGAGAGUGAAAAUUUAUGAUUGGGUACUGGACAAUAAACUAUUUGAUUUACAGAA